UGCCAGAUGUCCUGAACCGAGACUCUCUCAAGGAGGUGAUUCCGGGAGGCUCGAAAUCCAGCUCACCCCACCGCACCCCCCCGGGGCAAGGGAGACGUCUCAAGGAGCCCACGACUACCAACAACAACCACCACCACCACGACCACCACCACCACCACCACGAUGGUCCUCCCAGCCCUGAGCGCCGAGCCGACCUUCAAGAAGCUCUGCGAGUGGCACGCGGCAAACGCCUCCGCCCUGCACAUGCGCACGCUCUUCCACGAUGACCCGAAGCGCUUCGACAAGUUCAGCACGGUGCUGAAGACCGAGGAUGGGGAGCUCCUCUUUGACUACUCUAAGAACCUCAUCAAUGAAGAGGUGAUGAAGAUGCUCGUGGACAUGGCAAAGGCACGUGGGGUGGAGAAGGCCCGAGAACAAAUGUUCUCUGGCGAGAAAAUCAACUUCACCGAGCACCGUGCAGUUCUGCACGUGGCGCUGAGGAACCGCUCGGGGAAGCCGCUGAUGCUGGAGGGGAAAGACGUGAUGCCCGGAGUGAAGGCCGUGCUCGAGAAGAUGAAGGCCUUCUGUCACCGCGUGCGCUCCGGCGAGUGGCUGGGCUACACGGGGAAGCCCAUGACUCACGUGGUGAACAUUGGCAUCGGAGGGUCGGAUCUGGGCCCCCUGAUGGUGACGGAGGCCCUGAAGCCGUACUCCGUGGGGGGUCCCAGCGUCUCGUUCAUCUCCAACAUCGACGGCACGCACCUAGCCAAGACGCUGGCCAGCCUGCAGCCCGACACCACCCUCUUCAUCAUCGCCUCCAAGACGUUCACCACUCAGGAGACCAUCACCAACGCUGAGUCGGCAAAAGCCUGGUUCCUGGAGAAAGCAAAAGAUGCUUCCGCUGUCGCCAAGCAUUUCGUGGCACUCUCCACGAACGGGCCCAAGGUGCAGGCGUUCGGGAUCGACACGGCCAACAUGUUUGAGUUCUGGGACUGGGUGGGCGGGCGAUACUCUCUGUGGUCAGCCAUCGGUCUCUCCAUCGCCCUGCACAUCGGCUUCGACAACUUUGAGAAGCUGCUGGAUGGCGCCCACUGGCUGGACAAGCACUUCCAGGAGGCUCCGCUGGAGCGCAACGUGCCGGUGCUGCUGGCGCUGCUGGGCACGUGGUACAGCAACGUGUACCGCGCCGAGACCCACGCCAUCCUGCCCUACGACCAGUACAUGCACCGCUUCACUGCCUACUUCCAGCAGGGGGACAUGGAGUCGAACGGCAAGUCGGUGACGCGCUCCGGCCAGCACGUGGACUACCACACGGGCCCUAUCGUGUGGGGAGAGCCGGGGACCAAUGGGCAACACGCAUUCUACCAGCUCAUCCACCAGGGAACGCGCCUCGUGCCGUGCGACUUCCUCAUCCCGGCUCAAACCCAGAACCCCGUCCGCGGCGGUCUCCACCACACGGUCCUCAUCGCUAACUUCCUGGCCCAGACCGAGGCGCUGAUGAGGGGGAAGACUUCAGGCGAGGCCAAGGCUGAACUUGAGGCCUCUGGCCUCACUGGCGAGGCCCUCGACAACAUUCUUCCUCACAAGGUGUUUGUGGGAAACUGCCCGACUAAUUCCAUCGUGUUCUCCAAGCUCACCCCGAACAUGCUGGGCGUCCUCAUUGCCAUGUAUGAGCACAAGAUCUUUGUUCAAGGCAUCAUCUGGGACAUCAACAGCUUCGAUCAGUGGGGGGUGGAGCUGGGGAAGCAGCUGGCCAAGGUGAUCGAGCCGGAGCUCACGACGGCCCAGCCGGCCACGGGUCACGACUCUUCCACCAACGGCCUCAUCAACUUCAUCAAGGCCCAUCGCAAAUGAGCGGCUCCCAGCGGCUCUGCGGGAGUUGUGGGGGGGGUGGGGGGGGGUUGUGGGGGUGUUCGGAGAUGUCGGGGGCCCUCGGCAGCUCCAUAGGACCCCUGUGCAAUGAUCUCAGAAUUGCUGCUUCAUCUGGGAGCUCCUCACAUCAAAUCUAACGCCUCUAGUGUGUGUCGUUUAUUUUUUUCGACUGGCGCACAUCUGAGCCGUGCCGAGCCAGCCCUCGGCACGGUCCAGGUUGCUCUUUUUCACUGCGGGAACCGAGCCGCGGAGAGUCACGCGCGCGACGACGCCAGCACCGUACCGUGCUGGCCUCGAGCUGGCUUGGCUCAGAUGUGCCAGUGGAAAACCACUCGUUCCGUGCUUGCCUCGAGCUGGCUUGGCUCAGAUGUGCCAGUGGAAAACCACCCGUACCGUGCUGGCCUCGAGCUGGCUUGGCUCAGAUGUGCCAGUGGAAAACCACCCGUACCGUGCUUGCCUCGAGCUGGCUUGGCUCAGAUGUGCCAGUGGAAAACCACUCGUUCCGUGCUUGCCUCGAGCUGGCUUGGCUCAGAUGUGCCAGUGGAAAACCACCCGUACCGUGCUUGCCUCAAGUUGGCUUGGCUCAGAUGUGCCAGUGGAAAACCACCCGUACCGUGCUUGCCUCGAGCUGGCUUGGCUCAGAUGUGCCAGUGGAAAACCACCCGUACCGUGCUUGCCUCGAGCUGGCUUGGCUCAGAUGUGCCAGUGGAAAACCACCCGUACCGUGCUUGCCUCAAGUUGGCUUGGCUCAGAUGUGUCAGUGGAAAACCACCCGUACCGUCGUGGCCUCGAGCUGGCGCGGCUCAGAUGUGCCAGUGUAAAACCACCCGUACCGUGCUGGCCUCAUGUUGGCUCGGCUCAGAUGUGCCAGUGAAAAACCACCCGAAACUCGGUCGGAACGGGCAACUGGACAUACGACGGACAGGUUUUGUUCGUAUCUCUGAAAGUUCCUAAGUCGAAUGUUCGUAAGUACAAGGAGUAUCUGUAUCUUCAGCGUGGCCUAUUACCUUGCGAACGCACCGCCCCCAAGCGAUGACGAAUCACCCGUUGACUUCAACGAUUCGUCGUUUCGCACAGGUACCCUGCGCGGCUAAAUAAAUAAACAAUUCAGGCGACCGCA